AUGGCGCCUCGCCGUAGGCCUGCUAAUCAACCGGCACAACAGAAUCAAGAAUUUCUGGAUGCCAUGUAUGCUGCCUUUCAAGGCAUGGCCACAAGAGCUCGAAACGAGCGGCCGGUUGAGGAUAGGAAGCAAGGGUACUUCCGGGAAUUUAAGCGUGCGCCUAUCCCCUCGUUUAAUAGUGAGGGAGGACCCCAGGAGGCGGAGUUCUGGUUAGACUCCAUAGUCAAGCAUUUGAGCACUAUGAGAGUUCCAGAUGAAUACUGGGUAGAGUUUGCGGUGUACAAGAUUGAGGGCUUAGUGAACACUUGGUGGAAACAGUACUUCCCUCAGAGUUACAGGGAAGAAAAAGCGCUAGAAUUUAUGUCUCUACUGCAAGGAGACAUGUCUAUAAGGGAAUAUGAGGCCAAGUUUAAUGACCUAUCCCGGUUUGCGCCAUCACUAGUGGAGUCUGAAAAUAUGAGAUGCCUUAAGUUUGAGAAGGGCCUCAAGAACUCUGUGAGGAGAUCCUUGGUGGCUCUGAGACUUCGAAACUUCCGGGAUUUAGUAGCUGCUGCUACACGGGUGGAACAGGAUAACUUGGCCUAUCACCAAAGCAAAGAAGUAACGGGUCAAGUCUCUGUCUCUGAGACAAAUGGCUGGGGAAAUGGCAAGCGGUGGCAGCAGUUCAUCCGGGAGUGA